GCAAGAAUAAAAUAAUUAAAAAAAAAAAAAAACAAGCAGAGAAAUGAGUAAUUAAUCAGUUGUUUUCUCAGUUUCUCUCUGCCUUCUAACUGCCGCGAGCCUUUGAUUGGGUUACUAUUACGUCUCUCUCUUAUUCGAAGAAUUCGAUCUUGAAGGGCUGAAACCCUGCAAAGUUUCAGAGCCAGUUACCUUUGACUGAGAUUCCUGAGUUUUAAAAGGAUUUUGAUUGCUUCUAAUGCUGAUGACUGCUGUUUCAUUCCCAUGAGUUCAACAGUUUCAACAUCUUGGGGAAUUCCACCAUCUAGGCUUGAAACAUCAGAAUCCCCAAAGAUGCACCCUUCAAGUCCUUUUGGUCAAUCCGAACCUGAGUACAAUGACAAUGAUGAAACAGAGCUAUUGUCUGUGUCAUGGAAUCAGGACUAUGGUUGCUUCACUGCUGGCACCAACCAAGGUUUUCGGAUAUAUAAUUGUGACCCAUUCAAAGAAACUUUUAGACGGGAUUUGAAGAAUGGGGGAUUUGGAAUUGUUGAGAUGCUGUUUCGCUGCAACAUACUUGCACUUGUUGGUGGUGGAGCUAAUCCCCAGUACCCACCCAACAAGGUUAUGAUCUGGGAUGAUCAUCAGAGUAGGUGCAUUGGAGAAUUUUCAUUUAGAUCUGAGGUUCGUGCUGUGAAAUUAAGACGGGAUCGAAUAGUUGUUGUACUUGAGCACAGGAUAUAUGUGUAUAACUUCAUGGAUCUGAAGCUACUUCAUCAGAUAGAGACUUUGGCAAACCCGAGAGGGCUCUGUUGCCUUUCACACCAUUCGAAUACCUCAGUGCUGGCAUGCCCUGGUCUUCAUCGAGGACAGGUUCGGAUUGAGCACUUUGGUUUGAAGAUGACAAAGUUCAUUAAUGCUCAUGAUUCUCAAAUUGCAUGCUUGACCUUGACGCUGGAUGGGCUUCUUCUUGCAACUGCUAGUACAAAGGGAACUCUAAUUAGGAUUUUCAACACAAUGGAUGGUACUCGCCUACAAGAGGUUCGCAGGGGGGUGGACAAAGCUGAUAUUUAUAGCAUUGCUCUAUCUCCUAAUGUCCAGUGGUUGGCUGUGUCCAGUGACAAAGGUACUGUGCAUAUAUUCAGCCUGAGAGUGAGAGUGGUGGGGGAGGACUCAUCAAACCAUUCCAGUGCCACUCAAGGGCCAGCAUUUGUUCACCAAAAUUCUUCUACUUCUCUUGAUGCCCUUAUAUCUCCAAGCACAGGUGCCAAUCCUGGAUCGUCACUGUCUUUUAUGAAAGGGGUUUUGCCAAAGUAUUUUAGCUCGGAAUGGUCGUUUGCUCAGUUUCAUUUGGCAGAAGACAUACGUUUCCUUGCUGCAUUUGGAUCUCAGAGCACAGUUGUAAUUGUUGGCAUGGAUGGGAGUUUCUACAGGUGUAGUUUUGAUCCUUUGAAUGGAGGAGAGAUGUCACAGGUGGAAUAUGUCCGAUUUCUGAAAACUGAAAAUCGGCCAAAAUAAGGUGCUGCCUGAAUAAUGCCACCAUGAGCAAUCUGCUUCCCCUGUACACUGAUCUGUGUAAAUACCUUCCUUCUAUGCAUAACAUGAAGAAUUCUCAAUAAUUGUACAUAUUACAUUACUGUAACGAGUUGUUAAACUAAAAACC